AUGUCCGCGAAAUUUGCGGGCUACUGUGCCAUAGGAUUUUCCAGCAUAGCGCUGGUUAUGGUGAGCCUGUUCGUACCUGCACUAUGGAAUAAAAUCAAUCACAUUACACUUGAUUUGGAAAAGGAUAUGUUAGAGUUCCGACAUCUGCAAAACGGAGUUUGGACAAACAUGAAAGGCGAAAGAGUGGUGGCUCAGGCCAUAGCCAGAACAAAGAGGCAGAGCUACAACUGCAAUUGCAACGCCAAUGCUAAUUGUCCUCCUGGACCACCAGGAGUACCCGGAACACCAGGUUUGGAUGGAGCACCAGGCCUGCCUGGUGCUCCUGGAGCGCCGGGAAUGAGCGGUGUUAUGCCAUCAGUUGUGAUGGACCAUCAAGCUCACUGCCGCAUGUGUCCCAAUGGGCCACCAGGCUUCCCGGGCCCUCAGGGGCUAGCAGGGCCUCCUGGACUUGAUGGCCCUAGCGGUACUGAUGGCAUGCCAGGACCAGAUGGACACCCGGGAAUGCCUGGAAAUCCGGGACUGCCAGGCGAAGUCGGAAUGCCUGGGAAACCCGGACCACCUGGAGACAAGGGCCGUGAUGGUGCUACGAUGGGUAAAGGGCUUCCGGGAGAACCUGGGGAGCGUGGACCUAUGGGACCACCUGGUUUUCCUGGACCGGAAGGAGGAGCUGGAAAUCCGGGUAUACCUGGCAAUCAAGGACCUGCAGGACCUACAGGAGAAGUGGGGCCAGAAGGUCCACCAGGUUUCGAUGGACCAUCUGGACCUAUGGGUAUGCCAGGAGAGGACGCCAGUUAUUGUCAUUGUCCUGCAAGAACCAAGUCGAAAUUUGGAAUUAAAAUGUUUCGAACAUUCCUGCUUGUCGCUGCCCUGCUAAUGGUCCAACCAAUCACCGCUCGUCCCCAGAUACAACAAACUGGAGUAGUAACUUCACCAGUACAUCAACAAUCCGCAGUUGUUGGAUCUUCCCCCGUAGUCUCCCUCGUUGUCGUGCCCACACCUAUCAUAGGAUAG